UGUAUUUUCAAUUUUUAUUUCAAUCUCAUCAUCUUUUCGUUAUCAAGGUGAUCCAAAUAUGGUUUUACGUGCUAACAGUAUAGCAACUAAAGCAACAGAAAUUUAUCUACGUCUUGUUGGUGGUUCGUAUUUAUCUAAUAUUUUAUCUGAUUUUGUUCAAAUUGUUAUCAGUGGUCGCCCAGUUGAUCCACAAUUGAAAACAUCUAAUCGUUAUCCAAUCGAUUAUGAAGUUGAUAUAGCCAAAGUGCAAACGUCUACACAAUUAGCACAAAAUCAAGUUAAUCUAUUAGGUUUAGUUGAAACUGUAUGGAAGCGGAUUCUAUUAAGUGAAGUUGAAUUUCCAGAACAAUUUAGAGCAUUAUUUGUAGAGAUUAGACGAUAUUUAGAAAAUAGUAUAAAAAGUAAUUAUUCAUCAAUGAAUAAUAUUUCUAAUAAACAUUAUGAUGGAUUAAAUUCGUCUAAUUCUACAAUUAAUAAUGGUGGUACAUUAUGUGAACAUGUUAUAUCAGCUUGUUUAUUUCUACGUUAUAUUUGUCCAGCUAUUUUAUCACCUUCAUUAUUUAAUUUAAUUUAUGAAUUUCCUAGUGAACCACGUAUAUUACGUGCAUUCACUUUGGUUGCUAAAACAAUUCAAACAUUAGCAAAUUUCAGUUUAUUCAGUGGUUCUAAAGAAACCUAUAUGAAAUUUAUGAAUCAAUUUGUUACAGAUCAACUUCCAGCAAUGAGACAGUUUCUACAAUCGAUUUCAGUCCCAAAUCCGAAAUCUACUUCGUCACAUAAAUCAUUGUUGAGUAGUGAUACAGUUUUGAAACCAAUUAAUUCUUUGUCAAAUAUUUAUAAUAAUAACAAUAGUAAUCUAAGUACUAUUAACGGUAAUACUAAUAAUGGUUCUAUGCCAAAUUCUUUACAUAUAAUUGGUUCUGAUGAAAAUUGUCUGAAAUCUACAAUUUCCAAUAAAGGUAAAAUGAAAAAUGGUUCUAAAGAGAAUAAUCAUUUUAUCAAUAAUAGUCAAUCACAUCAUGGUGGAUUUAUCAAUGAUAUUGAUGAUUAUAAAAAUUAUCCAAGUCAUUCUCAGCAUUCACCUGUUUUCACAAGUUCAGAGAUCACAAAUAAAUCAAAUGAUUUCAAAUCAAGUGUAAGUGGGAGUUCUAUGUCUCAGAAGUGUCAGUCUACAAGAUCGAUAUGUAACUCAAUUUGUUUACCUCCUCUACCAACAAACCAACAUGGUCAUUUAGGUUUAAGAGAUCAUGUUGAUCUACCUUUGUGUUUAGCUUUAUGUCAUCUUCAAUUAUCUGAAGCAAUUGAAAAAGUUCCUGAAGAUAAAAGAAUGCCUGAUGUCAAAGAAUUGAAAUCAAUCCUAGAUGAAAUAGAUACAUUUCUUGUGUCUGGAAAAGAUCCUCAACCAAAUUGGUGGCAUAAAACAACUAUGAAUAAUAAUGAUAAUAAUACUAAUCAUAGUGGUAAUAAAACAACAACACCAAUAAAGAAUAACACACCAACGAGAAGAACAACGGCAAAAACAAUCAGUGAAAAUAUAAACAAUGAGCCUAAAAGCAAUUUAAAAUCACUGUGUUUUUCCCAGUCUAAUCGAAAUAAAUCUUUAAGUAAUGAUGCUUAUAUCUAUGAAUGUACAAAUAAUGAAUCAAAGUCAAUAAUGAAUACACCAUCAUCAGUCAAUAAAAGUAUAAAUCUAUCCGAUGAUGAUGAUGAUGAUGGUGCAACAAUCUCUGCAUUAAAUUCAUCUGUCACUAGUUUUAUAUCACCUAAACAAAUUGUUUUUCCUGAAAAAAAGGAUUCUCAUCAUGAUUCUAAAGAACAACAAAUUAAAAUUACACCUGACUCAAAUAUCAAGUUUGUUGUAUCAAAAGGAAAGCAUAAAAAUUCAUGUAUGCAAGAACGUGUAGCACGAUGUGACUCAAUAGAGAUCAAUAAAAUUCCACAUUCAAACAAUCAUAAUAACUCGAUGGAUACGAAUAAUGAACAGAUCUAUGAUAUAUUGAAUCCCACAGAUUCUCAUGUAGCUUUACCUAUUGAUUCGAAUGCAUCUAAAAAAUUUACUGAAUCAAAUCAUGAUUUCUCAUCAAUAACACAACGUGAUAAUCGAAGAAGAGUUCAAAGUACUAGAAAAACACAAGAACCUAUAAUUAUUCAUCAGAAUACUAUAGAUACUGACAAUAAUGUCUGCGUUAAUAAUACAUUACAAAAGUCGUCAGUAAUAGAUCACCAACAACUAUCCAAUCAUAUUGCAUCAAUUGAUAUAUGUAGCGAUAUUAUUAAUCCAGAACAAACUGAACAUUCAGAGUUUAGUCCAAUUUAUUUAGGCAAUUCUUCAUCAUCUGGUUAUCUUACUAUUUCAAGUCAUGGGAAUAUUUUAAAUUAUCCAGCUAUAGAACAAAAAUCAACUAUAGUUGACCCGAUUAUUGUCUCCACAUCGGAUAAUGAUAUCAUCAUGACAUCAUUGUCUACUACUACUACUACUACUACUACUACUACUGAUAUUAGUAGUAUGAAUAAUCCUGUAUACACUUAUCAUUCACUAAAACAAAGUAGUUCAAUCGAUUCCAGUGAUUUUCAAAAUCAAAUGACAAUUGUUGAUGAUACCAAUCAUUCAUUAGGUAUGUGUAAUCUUCAACCAAAGAAAACUUCACAAAAUUCUGUUAGACGACAUACAUAUGUAAAUUUAUCUAAUGAUGCACAUGAAACAGAUCAACUGAUUGAUGCGUUAAAAGAUAAUCAAUCUAAUUAUAAAAUAAAUAAUAAAGUUAAUGAUAUAGAAUUAGAUAAACGAAAUUGGGCACCACCUAUGUAUAUAUCUAAUGAACAAAGAAAUAAACGUAUCACUCUUACAUAUCCAACAUCUUAUGAACAUGUAAAUUCACCAACUGAAUCAAUAAAUUAUACUACAGAUCAAAAUACUCUCAAUUAUUAUGGUCAAGAAAAUGUAAAUUUUACUGAUCCAUUUACAUUUUCACCAUCUGAACAAGAAUUAGGUCAAAAUUCUACAUUACAAACAGAAAUUCAACGAAUCAAAUUUAUUCCAUUAAAUACUUCUCAUACUAUUGGUGCAAUUCCCAAUAAAAGGACUGCACUAUUUUCAUCAGAAAAUAAUACACCUACAACUAUAAUAGAUCUUCGAAGUGAGUUGGAUGCAUCACAAGCACGUUUAGCUGAAGCUCAAGCACGUCUACUAGCUAAUGAAGCCGAACGUAUUCAAAUAUUGAAAUCAUGGCAAAAUGAACUGAUCAAGCAAUCUCAAUUAAUUAAUGCAAGUAAAGCGGUCUGUAAUAAUUCACCAAUUCCUCAAUUUUCAUCUAAUUUACAUUUAACAAGUACAGAAAGUAAUUUACACUGUAAUCCUGAUGAGAAUGACUUUAAUGAAGGUGGACCUAGAUCAAUAUCAGUAAUACCUUUACUAAAUUCAAGCGGAUUGAGAUCACAAAAUUACUCCGAAAGUAUCUAUGAUUAUGAUGAUAGUGAAUUGAUGAAUAAUACUGAACCAAAUAAACAAUACAUUACUGAUACAAAUAUUCAAUCAUAUAAUAGUAAUGGGAUUAGUCGAAAUUUUGGCUUACAUGCAUCAUCUCCUAGCUCAUAUAUAAAGUCAUUAAGAUCACAUACCAAUCAACCUCGUAUGGGAGCGUCUGCAGUUGUCACAAACUUACACGACUAUCACGGGGCACCACCAACGAGUGAUUAUCUUCAGUCGACAAUACCACGAAGUAGAAUAGUAACCAAUCGGGGUUAUCAAUUACACAAUACUACUACAACCAUUACAUCACCAACUAACACGGAAUUAGAUGAAUUCUGUCGAAUAUCACGUAGUCCUUCUACACCGGGUUUAUCUAACUCAAAUUUCACACAUACUCCUCGUGUAGAUCCUGCUGGUGAUAUGGACAAAGAGUUGAAUUCAAUAGACAAUCCAAUUGACCCUGUUACUAAUGACGAAGAAUUCGCUAGACAAAUUCAAGCUAUUGUACAUGAGAACAAUCAACAUUUAUAUUCAUAAUAACUAAAUUCACAAAUGUAAUGAGGCAUAUCAUCCUCCUUUUUUUCUAAAUGCACAAAUAGCGUCGACGACAACAACAACAAUAAUAGCUCCAAUACUGUUAUUACUACUACGACUACUAAAUAUACUAUUUGAUAUGUAACUUCUGAUUCAUUUGUCACGGAAACAAUAAUUUAUAUUUUUCUUUGCUCACAUAUCAAACCUUUUGCCCCUCCCCCCUCUACAAAAAUAUAAACAAUAACGAAAAUAAGAACAAAGGAAACUCAUUCUCUUCCCCCCCUUCUCUCUCUAUGGUAAUUUAUAAAUAAUUACUUGAUAUAUAUAUAUUACUUUUUACAUAAAUAUGCAAGUGAACUUUCUAUAUAUUUUGUUUAUCAUUUAUUUAUAUGAAACUGUUCACUACAGCAACCACUAUCAACUACAAUGACUAAACCGGCACAAAUAUUUCUCUCUCUUUUUUGUAUAGAUUAUUGAUUUAUUGACUUCAUAUGAAUAUAAUAUUCUUUUCUUUGUGUUAUUGAGGCGACAAAAAAAUCAUGAAUAUUCUUUGUACAACAAACAACAACAUCCAUCAAAAUAAAUUAGUUUACAUUUCUCUUUACGAUUUCUCUUUUCGAUUGAAUUUUGUGAUGGUGGAGAAGAUUUGUAGCCCAGCUGGAUAAUUUUCAUGGAGUUUUGUUCUCUGAGCUGGAUGGUUUCGUCGUGGAGAUUUCAUCGUUCUUCUAAACGACAUCAUCAGCACAAACUUCAGAUAGAGGUGAAGUGUUCGAAUUUC